AACAUCAUUCACCACCACAAUCAUUCCCAUUUCCCAACCCACCGCCAUUGAUGGGUUGCUGCUUUACCACCGCCCACCAACCGCAGAACCCCGACUCCGACAACGACGAGCAGCACCACGACGCCCCAGACACCAAUGUCAACCCGGCCGAGGACACCGAUGUCAACCCCGCCGAGGUGAUGGCCCUCUCAGAAGAUGGAUGGAACAACAUCACCGAACAACAUCAAGAGGGAACAGCGCCAUUCCGCCAGUACACUCUUCACGAGCUAAUGGCUGCGACGGAUGGAUUCUCCGGCCAGAACUUUCUCUCAAAAGGCGGCGGUGAAAUCCCGAACAACACUUACAGGGGCCGCCUUCCUGGGGGCCAGCGAAUCGCCGUCAAGAGGUUUACCUUGUUGGCCUGGCCUGAUGAAGCGCAGUUCAGGGAGAUGGCGAUUAGAGGGGGAAGGUUGAGACACCGGAGGCUUGUGAACUUGAUUGGGUACUACUGCGAUGCUGAUGAGAGGCUUCUUGUGGCGGAGUUCAUGCCCAAUGUUUCACUCGCCACUCAUCUUUCCAACUCUAGAAAUAGGACCAUGGAGUGGUCUAUGCGCUUAAGAGUUGCAUGCUAUAUAGCAGAAGCCUUGGAAUAUUGUAUCAAUGAAGCACGAACUUUGUAUUUUGAUCUAAAUCCAAAUAAAGUUCUUCUUGAUGAGGCCGGCAGUCCUUGUCUUUCUUGUUUCGGUCUUGCAAAAAAUCACAGGAAAGGUAGAUGUUACCGCACUAACAUUUCUUACACGCCUCCAGAGUGCGUAUCGGGAAUGGUCACUCCUGAAAGCAUGAUAUACAGCUUUGGCAUUCUGCUACAAGAUCUACUUAGCGGAAAGAAAAUUCCGCGAGACGAGGCACUAGAGCUGGUAUUGGGUAAAAAAAUCUCUAUCAUUCUAGAUUCUCGUUUGAAUGGUGAAUAUUCCAUUGAAGAGGCAACUGUUUUGAUGAAACUUGCUUAUCAAUGUUUGGAACAUAAUCCUAUGGACCGACCCACUAUAGGAGAUGUUAUUGCAACCCUUGCACAAGUUCAAAACAAUGCUGGGGGACCAUCUAAUGCAAUCCCAGGGACUGAGGGGCAAGAUGCAUAAUACCUCACUUUUUCUGAGCAGUCCAAAGCAAGAUACCAGACAAGACACACUUGACCGUUCUGCACACAAGCUGUACAAACAUCACUUUUACACAUUUGCCAAAAACCAAAAAUUGUAGUGGACUUUUGCAUCGGAAAAAAACCUAUUCUUUACUAUAUUGAUUUG